AUGCGCAUGCUACACUCGUCUGCCGCCGAUGAGCCUGAGGUGGAGGUCAACCAAGCCGACCAAGCGAAUAUCAACCGGUUUUCGAAUCUUAAUGUUCAAUACGAAGAACUCGAAGCUAAACUUCAAGCCAAGAAAGAUGAACUUGAUUACCUUUCUGAGUUAGAGACGGAUCUGAUGAUGCUAGAUGAUGAUGAAUUGGUGAUGUAUAAGCUUGAGACCUCUCUGGUACACAUGACUCCUGCUAAAGCCACCGAGCUCAACGAACGUAACCAAAAGAAACUUUCAGACACCGUAGAUCGGCUUCAAGCAGAUCUAGAGAAGUGCGAUGAAGAGAUGAGCCAGCUGAAAAAGUUACUUUACAAAAAAUUUGGCAAUACUAUCAACCUGGAGCGCAACGAACCUGCCUAA